UACUAGACCACUCGUGCACAGAUCAGAAAUCGGGCAAGACGUUGACGCUGACAGUGGUAGCAAGUUAUAACAUACUAAAAGCAGUUUCUUUUCGGCUCUCGAUCAGUUUACGAUUGACCAUUGGAGUGGUCAUUAACAAGUUUUAGUGGGAUAUUGUGAGGUGGCAGAGAAACCAAUUUUUUUGUGAUAUCAGAAGCGCAGCCGCAUGAUGGUAUCCUUGCUAUCUAACGCGGUGCCGCGCCAGCGAUGCGGCAUUUAUACGCUCGCAUUGCUGAUUGCGGCGCUCAGUUGCUUCGCACCAGGUUUCGACGCGGCCACGACAGGUAGGAAGCCGACGCAGCCGAUCCUGCCCACCGACGAUCAGAAGCCGAAAGACAGUUCGCGCAGAGUGAUGGACCCCGCAUUCGCUAAGGCUGGCCAGAAGCCCGGAUUGGAGAUUUGGCGCAUUGAAAACUUCAAACCUGUUGCGUACAAAAAAGGCGAUUACGGCAAGUUUUACACUGGGGAUUCGUACAUCGUCCUAUUUACCAAGGAAAAGAAUGGCGUGAAGAGCUGGGACAUUCAUUUUUGGCUUGGUUUGGAAACAUCGCAGGAUGAGUCUGGUGCAGCUGCAAUCCUUAGUGUCCAAUUGGACGACCAACUGGGAGGCACACCAAUUCAAUACCGUGAAGUACAAGAACAUGAAUCGCAACUCUUCCUCUCACACUUCAAAUCAGGCGUACGUUACAUGCCAGGAGGCGUUGCUUCAGGUUUCCAGCACGUUGAUCGCAACAAGCACGACAAGGUCCUCUAUCAAGUCAAAGGAAAGCGCAACAUUCGUGUCAAGCAGGUUGAUGUCAGCAUUGCGUCCAUGAACAAAGGUGAUUGUUUCAUCCUGGAUAUCGGUACCGAUGUGUAUGCUUUUAUUGGACCAAAAGCCAAGCGCGCUGAAAGGUUGAAGGCAAUCAGCGCCAGCAACCAAAUUAGAGAUCAGGAUCAUGGUGGCCGCGCGAAGGUGCACAUCAUUGAUGAGUACAGUCCGCCCGCUGAGAUUGACAAGUUCUUCAAAGCCCUUGGUGAAGGAUCCAUGAUUGAUAUUCCGGAUGAAAACGCCGGAGGUGAUGAUGAAGCCUUCGAAAACGGUCAAGAGAAAGCGGUUACACUCUAUCGCAUUUCUGAUGCAAGUGGUAAACUGAAGGUGGAACAAGUUGGGCAGAAACCAUUGUUGCAAAGCUACUUGGAUACCAACGACUGUUUCAUCUUGGAUACUUCCGAUUCUAAUCUGUACGUUUGGGUUGGAAAGAAAUGCACUGCCAAUGAAAAGUCACAGGCAAUGGUCAAAGCCAAUGAUUUCCUUAAACAGAAGAAGUACCCUGCGUGGACACAGAUUCAGCGUGUGGUUGAGUUUGGAGAACCUACUUCCUUCCAACAGUAUUUCAAGACCUGGAAGGCACCGGCGGAGACGCACACGCGUUUGAUCAGAUCCGUCGACACAAGUCAAAAGAAACUUGAUGUGAAGAGCUCUGGUACUGCCCAAGAAUUUAUGCCGGAUACUGGUAACGGAGAGGUUGAAGUCUUCCGCAUUGAGAAUAUGGAGCUGGCUCCUAUUCCGAAAGAAAACUACGGAAUGUUCUUCGGAGGCGAUUCUUAUGUUGUGAGGUACAAGACUACCAAGGGCAAGUAUGUCCUGUAUAUCUGGCAAGGAAAACAGAGCAGUAAAGAUGAAAAAUCAGCGUCUGCUUUCCAGGCAGUCAAAUUGGACGAUGAGGUUGGAGGCCAUGCUAUUCAGAUCCGCGUAACGCAAGAUAACGAACCCAAACACUUCAUGCACAUCUUUAAGGGAAAACUUGUAACUUUCCUGGGUGGCAAAGCUAGCGGUUUCAAAAACUUGCACGAUCAUGACACUUAUUUGCAAGGAGAGACACGCAUGUACAGAAUUCGUGGCACAGAUGAGACGAAUGUUCGCGCCACACAGCAAAUUCCCGAAGCCAAAUACCUUGCAUCCGAUGAUGUCUUCUUUGUGGAGACCGACAAAAAGUCCUGGAUCUGGCAAGGCAGCAAGAGCGACGCCAUUGAGCGAAAACUGGCUGCUGAUUUUGCACGAAUUAUUGCUGGUGUGACCAACGCUGAGGAAGUUCCCGAAGGCGCAGAACAUAUCGAUUUCUGGAAUGCGUUGGGUGGUCGCGAUGAUUAUAACGAGAACUUUGCUAAUUCGCUGCGACCACCUCAAGAGCCCCAAAUGGUACAUGCCAUCAUUGACAAGAGGGACAAACUACGUUUAGAAGUAAUCGAAAAUUACGAGCAGGAUGAUCUUGUGGAGGACGACGUGAUGCUGAUUGACGAUGGGUACAUUGUAUAUGUGUGGAUUGGCAGAGCCGAUGCACAUGAGAGGAAAUAUGCCAUGACAAUGGCGAAUAAGUAUUUGUUGAAGUAUGACCGGGAGGAGAGCGUGAUUGUCGUGCAGAAACAGGGAGAGGAAUCAGAUUCUUUGAAGAAGCUGUUCCCCAGUUGGGACGCAGAUUUAUGGAAGAAGCAGAAAUAGAUUGUUGAAUUUAUCAAAUUUUAUUGAUGUUGUUCUUUGGUGUGUGGUGAAAGACAGUUUUUAUUCUAUUGGUUGCUCAUUUUAAAAGGCAGCCUGUUUUGUUUUAUCAAAAUUAAAUGUUUUAUACUGAAAUGAGUGUAUUUUAGCUGUUUAUACGCAUUUGAAGAUGUUCUUUGAUAAUAAAUGAAUUUAUUCUAAA